AUGGCCGACGGCAUCACGAACGACCCCGAGAUCGAGCGGAACGGCGCGUCGGCCGCCGCCGAGUACGCGGAAUGGCACUGGAAGGCGCUGCGCCGCGCCGUCGAGGCCGGCGCCCCGAAGGACGUCGUGCUCACGAGGGACCGCGCCGGCGACGACCUCCUCUACCGCACGUUCCGCGCGUCCAUCUCCCACGAGGUCCGCGACGUCGCGGGCAAGCUCAACAGCCCCCUCUGGCGCGACCUGCUCACGUGCAUGAACGGCCGCGUCGACGACUUCAGCUUCAUGACACUGCUGCGUCCGCGGUGCGACGAGAGCUACGAGGCGCAGCGCGCGGAUCUGCUCGUCGUGCCGCGGGCCCAGUUCAUCAUGAUCGAGGUCGCGCGGUGCCGCGAGGGCUGCUACGACGCUCUGGACUUCGUCGACGGGGCGGAGGCCGCGCACCUCUCGGGCGCCGCGGGCGACCUGCGCGCCGCGGUCGAGGCCGGCGACGACGAUCGCGCGCUCGAAGCGGUGCGGGUGCUCGAGGCGGCGCCGGCGCCGACGGCGCGGGCGCUGAAGAAGACGUCGGCCGGCCGCGCGCUCGCGAAGGUCGCCAGGGGCGGCGGGCCCCUCGCGGCGCGCGCGGGCGGCGUCGUCGACGCGUGGAAGCGGGCGCUCGCCCGGGCCCGGGGCUCCCUCGCCGUGGACCUGAGCGACGUCGACGGCGCCUUUGCCAUCUUCGAGAAGCAGGGCGUCGUGACGGCGGAGCACGUGCUGCCGGAGUCGCUGGUCGCGGCCAGGGCAGCAAAAGAGAGCGAAAUUCCCAACUUCAAAGGCUCCUAUCUCGGCCGUUUUCCACUCGUCGCGGCGCUGCGCGGGGCCGCGGACGAGAGCCUCGCGCGCCUCGAGGCCGAGGAGCUCGCGCCGCAAAACCUACGCGUCGGCGACGCCUACGACCUGCCCUGCGCGACGCACCGGCCCGGCGACCGCGUCGACGUGCGCUACAAGGCCGCCGCGGCCGUCGCGGCGCGCGCGCCCCUUCCCCCGGACGCCGCGUACGUCGCGGCCGACGGCGCCGACGCGGAGCUCCUCCCCGUGGCGUCGGUGCUCCUGGACAAGGUCCGGCCGCUCCUGCAGAGAGCGCUCCGCUGCGACGCGCCGCGCGUGCUCUACUUCGGCUUCGUGCGCGCGUUCGGACGAAAGGACGACGCCCCCCGGUCGCCCCAGCCCUGGCACCGCGACGCGCCGUCGCUCUACGCGUCGACGCUCGAGGCCUGCGACUCCGCGCCCUGCGGCGCGCACGUCGUCAACGUCUUCUUUCCUCUCACCCAGCUCCGCCCUUCCAACGGACCGACGGCGUUCGCGCCCGCGACGCACCUCGACGCGGCGUGCGCGGCCGCGCUCGAAGACGUCGUCGCGGGCCGCGAGCCGCCGCGCGCCGUGGCGCCGCUCCUGGGCCCCGGCGACGCGGCGCUCUUCGACUGCCGGCUCCUGCACCGCGGCGGCGUCAACGACUCGAGCGAGGACCGCGUGAUCGCCUACGUGACCGUGGCCGCGCCGUGGUGGCGCGACGAGCGCAUGUUCCACGCGGCGCCCGCGGGCGUUUCGGCCCUCGCGGCCCUCGGGAGAUGCUUCCCCAUCGACGACGGCGACGACGGCGCGGGCCACCCGCACUACACGCGCAACUUCGAGGCGCUCGUCGCCGAGAGCCCGGGCUCGCUCGACGCGGCGCUCCGGUUCCUCGCGUCCGACGGGAAGGCGCGCGUCGCGGAGCGCCUGACGGCGGCGUUCCUCGACGACGCGAAGGCCUACGCCGGCGGCGAGCGCUCCUUCAAGGGCGCCGCGCUCGUCGCGAAAGCGGCGGACGGCGCGCUCUUCACGUCGAUGGAGGACGACCUCGCGAAGGUCGCGGACUUUGGCCUCCCGAAGACCAUGGACGGCGUCGUGCUCUUCCUCGCCCUCGCGAAGCGCGCGGCGUCGAAACAAGCCCCAGCCCUCGAGGCCGCGGUCUCCGCGUGGUGGCACGGCGGCGAAGGUCGCUUCCGGCUCGCGCGAGGCGUCCUCGAGCGGCCCGAGACCGCCGGCGACCCCGCGCUCCUCGUCGCGUUCUCGUCGCUCGGCAGCGGGCUCGCGCGGCCCGAGUGGAUGGGCACCGCGAGGAAGCUGGAGCUGCCCGGCGGCGCGAACCGCCUCGACGUGCUCCACGUGCUCGACCCGGCCUUCUCCUGGUACCUCUCGGCGGACGACGGCUCCUGGCGCGGGCCGGCCUUCUACCGCGAAAAGUUAGAGGGUUUCGUGGCGGGCUACGGCGCGGUGCUGUUCCUCGGCGACUCCAUGGGCGGCUCGGGCGCGCUGGCCCACUGCGACCUGGCCACGGCGACGCUCGCGUUCACGCCCCAGGUCGACGUCGCGGCCUACCCGGCCGUUGCGCGCCACGACCUCACGCCGGCGCGGCGCGCGGCGCUGCCCGCGGCGAUCGCGGCGGCUCUCGGGCGGGCGAAGGGGCCCGUGGAGGUCGCGCGCCUGCCGGCCAGCGUGUCGGCCGUCGCCCACGACUUCGACGACCACGUCCUCUCGAUCCACCUCAAAGCGCGGGGGAAGCUCCUCGGCAUCGUCAACGAGGCCCUCGCGCGGGCGUAA